UUACCCAGAAGCCUAUGUAAAAUAAUGGCAGUUACGUACAAAGUUUUAUACUUUCCCGUGGUGUCUGUUGCGACUUCUGAACAGUUUUUGCCAAUAUAAACUUGAACUAUUUGGGCACUGUAAUGAUGAAAUUGAUUAUUUUAUAGUAGCUAAGGCAAAUGUUUAGCUAGGUUGCCAACCGCCAUAAAAAAAAAACAGAAGAAAAAGAAGAAGAAAGGUUUAGCUAUAAACAGAUGAUGACGUUCCCAGGUCACAGUCCUCACCUGUGCAGGUGGAAGAGGCUCGACAAGAGUAAAACAUCUGCAGAAAAGAUGUAUGUGAAGAAUGGUGAUAUUGAUCUGUGGAGAAAGCAAGUGCAGAGGGCUUCUGAGUUUGCUGUGUCUGAAGUCUUCUCCCGCAAGAAAUCUUAUUCAGGAUCCAGCAGCCUCGCUGUACCAUUGCAAAGCUCUGACCAGUUGAGCAAUCAUAAUGAUGCAUACAGUGAAGCUCAGGCUCUUCUGGAUGAUUGGCUGAGCACUAAGUUGCGGUUGGAGCUGGAGAUGGAGGAGGAAGAUGACUUGAUGUGCUCCGCUAAGAGGAGCAGUCCUGCUGCACUGGCUAGUUCUCAGUCCACUGUCCUAAACUAUGACAACUUUGAUGAUCUCUACAAGUGCCUGGCUGAGGAAGAAGAACACAGUGCUGUUAACAGCUUCCUACAAGACCUAAUGGAGCAAGAAGUGUUGGAGUCUGGGAUGAUGGAGGAACUGGUACUGGAUGUUGGACAAACAAGGAAGAAGUUCAGAGACCCAAUUGUCACCAUGGAGGCACGACACCAGCAGGUGCGAGAGAACAGGGCUCGGCAGGAGGCUGAAAGGCAGAGGCAGCAGAGAGAACGGAAGGCUCAGCUGGCUGCCAGAGAGGAGGCAAAGAGGAGGGAGCAAGAUGAGGAGAUGAUGAAGAAACGGGAGGCACGUAGGCAAGAAGAGUUGAUGCAGCAGGAGAUGGUUAGAUUGCGACGCCAGAUGGAGGAGAGAAGAUUCCUGGGACAGCUGGUUAGACACAGGCAAAGGGAGAGAGAGGAGAUGCAGGGCACAGCCAGGAGCCUCCAGUUAACUCCAACACUUCCCAAAAAACAGCAGCAGAAGGACAAAGAGCAACACUAUACAAAACAGAAAAUUCAAACCAUGGUUCACAUCAACAACUUGAAGUGUUUGCAGAGGCAUUUCUCUGGAUGGUAUUCAGUGGUGUUGGACCAAAGGCUACGUAUGGGUAAGGUUCUGGCCCUCUGUGACUGGAAGAGGCAGCUGAGAGCAUGGCGAGCUUGGCGAGCAGUAGUGUGGACAGAACAAAAGCAGCGAGAAGUGGCGAGAACAGAGGAGGAGCUACGAGCUGAAAACAGACAAUGCCAACUGGCUGUGAAGAGCGACCGAAGGCGGUUGCUACGGCGAUGUCUGAGUGAGUGGCAGCUAUGGUGCCGGAUGGAGAGGGAGCAACGAGAGCUUUUGGCCCAGCAGCAGGAAACAAGACGCAAGAUGGCUGCCUUAAUUAAUGCUGCAUCAACAGGCAAACUCCAGGCUAGAGAAACCCCACCUUGUCGGCCAAUCACGGCCCCGCCUGAGGCGUGUAACCUCCCAAAAACCACAGAGAAGGAGGUUCACCACAUGCCAGGCACUUCAGCCCCUAACACCUCUGCAUUCCAUCAGGAUAAGACCCCUAUGGGUGCUGUGACCCAGCUCUCUCAGGCAUGGCAGGUGACCCGGCAGCACGUAGUACUGACUGCUGCAGAGCUCCAAGAGACACUGCAGAGAGGUGAAGGUGGUUCAAAAAGUGCUGUGUCAUGGGGUGGCAGGUUUGAGAAUAGACAUGCUAUACAGCAGCAGAUCAUUACCCAGCAGAGGAAGCUGUUGAAGGAGCAGCAAGAGCAAAUUAACCGGCUGAGGGAGGAACAGAGCGUGACAGGUUUGAAGUUGGAGAUGGAGAAGACUGCACAGCUCCUGCAGCUGACAAUGAAAGAAGGCCCAAUGCCAAAAAGCCACAGCUCUGACCCCACACAGCUGAGGGCAGCAAGAGAUGCUGGAGAACCUGACAGUCUCUGUAAACCUCAAAGGAAAGCUGUCGCACGCCAGACAUGCCCUCAUCCAAUUAUCAUGGCCAUGGAUGCCCGUGCACGUCAGCGUGCAGAGCGAAGAAGGGAAAUUGAGGAAAUCAAGAGAAAAAAGGAAGAGGAAAAGUUGGCUGACAUGAAAGCCGCUGAGGAGCAGAGACAGAGGGAAGAAGAGGAGGAGAAACGCAAAGCAGCGGAAAAGAAGAGGGAGGAGAAAAGGCUGGAAAGAGAGAGGGAAGAGGAAAAGCAGAGGCAACUGAAAAGACACCAGAAGCUCCUGAAACUGGCAAAUCAACACUACCACAGAACCUUGUUGCUACAUCGAGGCCUGGCACCAUGGAAAUGCCUCCUUGAGCUCAGACAAGCCAACAUAAAGCUGGCUGAGAGUCAUCACAAUCUUGUCCUCCUAAGGCGGUGCACGCUAGGAUGGCAGCAAUCAGCGAGAGAGUUGCGGUCUGACAAAGAAGCUUCUGCUGACCAACUACACCAGCACUUUUUGCUUCGAAGGAGCUUAAGUUGCUGGAAGAUACUGAAGGACUGGCGGAUAAUUCAAGAAGAGCGAGCCGAGCGUUUCUAUCGCUCUCACACUCUGAGGAGAUUUCUGCUGGCGCUGCUGGACCAUGUCACCCAGGAGAGGCUGGCAGAGUGGGACCGCCUGGAGCUGGCUCAGGAACACAAUAACAGACGACUGUUGCAGCAAUGCUUCUUGGCCUGGAGGCAGCUUCCCUAUCUGCUGCGCAAAGAAAGAGAGAGGGAGGUACGGCGAGGGAAGCUGGGGCGCAAAGUAACUGAGGUUCUGCCAGACUUCUGCUCCCGUCUACUGUAAACGCCUCUGGGACAUAAAC